AUGGAACAAAAACACAAAAAAAUUUUAGAAGAGCUUCAUGAAAAAUUAACUGACAUUGACGUUCAUAAUGGCAUCUUAGAAUUCCUAGAGGACAACGGAAUUUUAACACCUGAGGAUUUAAUUAAUAUCAAUAGAGAAACUACUUCAAUAACGAAAGCAACUCUCUUGCUUAGUAUUUUACCACACCGAGGUUCACGUUCGUUUGAUGCUUUUUUUCAAGCGCUAAAAAAACACUACUCUUGGCUGAGUAACGAAAUGCUGAAAAUGACAUCGAACAGAGAAGAAUCGAGGACUUGUACUUCGCCUAUAUUACCUAUCAUUCCCUCACUUACAGUGGACAGAGCCGAUAAGGUACAACAGCUCAAAAACGCGUUCAGAGAAUUAUCACCAGGGCGUUAUGUUGUUUUACAUGGAAUGAAAGGAUACGGAAGAACCCGAUUGACAGCUUCGACUUUGACCGAAGAAAUACGAGCUGAAUAUUUCAACAACAAAAUUCACUGGAUAAAAUUUGGCUCUGAAGGCAUUCACUCCGUGGAAGACGAGAUUCUAAAUCAACUUCAACAGCUGUAUGAUACAAUUGAAAACCGCAACGUAUCAUUGAACAUCGGAAAACUGCAAGGUGAAAUGCGGUGGAUGUUGAAACGACACUUUAGAACUCCAUCACACCGCGACUCAUUGCUGAUACUCGACGACGCAUAUGACCAAAAAAUAAUCGAAGCGUUCAACUUCGACUGCAAGACGUUGAUAAUAACAACCGACACCGAAAUACUUCCACCAAAUUACAUCAAUAGAGUCGCCACUAUAAUAAAAAUGAGUGGAUUCACGGAAACAGAGAGUUUGGAAUUAUUUGCCCGGGCUCUGGAUACACAGGUCGAAUUACUGCCUCCCGAGGCUAAAGACUUCCACAACGCCUGCAAAGGCAUGCCAAUAAUGGUCGACAUGUUUGCAGCGCAAUUUGCUGGUUACAAAGAAGACAUGAAGACAAACAGCAGCCGCUGGAAACAUUAUUUAAAAGUGCUGCGAAAGUUAGAUUCAUCAAAUUCCGUGGUACAGAAGUUUUUGAACUUCCAAUCAACCACGUUCGACAUCUGUAUCAAUCGUUUGUCAGAGGAGCAGCGGAAACUUUACGAAAGUUUGGCUAUUUUCAGCGAAGACAUAAACAUUAUGUCAAAAACGCUUGGAGUUUAUUGGAACAAAUCGACGUUUGAUGUCGACGAUAUAAUGACCAGUUUGCACAAAAAAUCGCUUAUUGUAAAAUACUGGAACGCUGAUUUGAAAUCACUAAUCUACGGCGUACACGAUCUACUGCUUUCUCACCUAUGCAAUCGAAUCAACAAAAGAGACUCCCAAAAAUUGCGAUUAAUGCAUCGCGAUUUCGUUCAUAAGUAUUAUGACUAUUGCAAAAACGAUUACUCAAAUUUACCGCAGGAUAAUUACAGCUACGCGUAUAUUGGGUACCACCUAGAUCAAGCCCGUAUGUACGCUGACUUCCCGAAGCUGUACCUGAACUUUGAUUUUAUUCAAGCCAAAAUACGUAACAGCGGUGUAAACGAUUUGCUGAUAGACUUGAAGAAAUAUCGCAGACACAUCAUCAACGAUGAGACUGAAAAUAAUGUCAUUGAUUUGGAAGAGUUUCUACGAGCUCAAGCGAAAACUUUGGCGGAACAUCGUCAACGCAAUUGCCUGGACUUGGUACAGAUAGCUUUGAAUCAUCACACUCGUGGUUACUGCUACAAAACCGCCCGUUCAUUAGCGCAAUCACAAAAGACUAAACUGUACCUGAAAAAUUCUCAUCAGCAUUUCGUUAUGCACAAUCCAACAGCCGAAGACAUUAAAAUGGAAUACUCUACACUCAAUUUUACGGACAAUCCACAUAAAAUUUUGAUAGGAACGAAGACUGGUUUAAUUAUACUGUGGGAUUGCGAGCUAAAGAGAAUGACGCCAUUUCACGGUCUGGAAGAUUCGGAAAUUGUCAAGAUUAUAGUGUCACAAAAUGGAAAAUUUUUUGUUGCGCUAAACAAAGAUUCGGUUAUCAAAUACUUUCCUCUGACUGUUGAUGAUGAAGAUGAUGAUGAUGAUGAUGAUAAUGAUAAGAAGAAUGAUAAUUACUGGGGUAAUCAUUCACACACACCGUUGGAUAAACAGAGAUAUUGGUACCCGAUUGUUCAGCAGCCGACUAACAAUAGUUCAAUAACCUACGAAACAAACGGCCAAGUAAUAACCGACAUCGCGCUGAGCUCAGAUGACGAGAAACUCGCUGCUUGUACAACUAAAGGUAGUGUUUCUGUUUGGGAUGUAAGUGAUAAGCAUUUAACGACAAUAGCUGAAGCAGAUACGAACUUUCAAAAAUUGACAUUCGCUAAAAAGAUCAAGCAAUUGCAUGUGAUUGAUACUGAAGGCACUAAUUUCGUCUAUAUUUGGAGAGACAAUAAUUACAUUUACAAUACUCGAUACUCACAGUUCAGAAAUUUUAAAGGUUCCUCGGAAGAGAAAGUUGUCAUAUACUUCAAAGAAAGAAUCUACGAUAGUGAAACGGAAUAUGAAACAGUUUUGAUUUGUUUAACGCGUAAAAAUUGUUAUAUAAUAUCAUGGGGAAUUGGAAUUAGUGGAGAUUUAUAUUCCCCAGAACCAAGACGCAGGUAUACUGCAGACAAUACUCAAUUUACUGUUGCUACAGGAACAUACGAUGGUAAAUAUGUAAUUAUCGGUGAUAAUAACAAUUUGUUAUCUGUAUUAAAGAUUGAGGGUGGAUUUACGCCAAUUGCUAAUUAUCCAGAGCAUACUUUUGCUCUGGAUACUUACUAUGAUAAAGAAUGUGACUGUCAUUUGAUACUCAGCGGUGAUAAACAUUCCAUUCAAUGUUGGACAUUUUGCCCUGAAAAUUUACCGCAGUCGGUUUUAAGACCGUUGUUUGACGCUGUUAUGAAACCAUUGAAACAAUCAAAUAUUGUUGCGCAAGAAAUUGUUGGGAAUAAAAUCGGAUUGUACAAUGGUGAAGAAUUGCAAAUAGAAACAGGGGUACUAGAAGGACAAAUAAUAUCAUUGAGUUUAAGUCCAGAAGGCAAUAAAAUACUGUAUACAAUGAAACAUUCUACAGGGUUCCGCGAGGCAGAAACUAUCGAGUAUAGUAUUUAUGUGUUUGACGUUGAGACAAAUGAUACAUCUGAAAUAUUGUCAUCGCUUACAGAAUUUCCGGGUUAUGUUAAAUUUAUUAAAUUUCAUGAUGAAUUGGCGAUUGUUUGUAAGCAAAAUGAUAUUUUACAUUGCAUUUCUGAUGAACAAAAAAUUACGAUUAGAACAGAAGGUAACAUUAUUAAUUUACAUACCAUUAACAAUGAGUAUGUAGUUGGUAUCACGCGUGAUGAAAAAGUUAAAAUCUGGAAGAUGAAUACCACCGCGUGGGAUUUAAUCUGUCAAGCUGUAGAUACUGGACAAAUUUUACACGAAAUUCAGCGGUCUAUUGUCCUUUACAGUGCAAUAAAUUUGGAAAAAACUAUGAUUGCUGUUUUGACAAAUGAUUGUCGAUUGGCUUUUUACGAAAUAUAUUACAAUUCUAAAGUUCCUACAGUACCAGAAAAAUUGAAUAAAUAUGAAAAUACAUACUUUACAUUCUAUAAAAAAUUAACAUGCUGCGCUUUUUCUCCCAAUGGUGAAGUUUUAGCUAUUGGAAUGGAAGAUGGUAAUAUUACAAUUUUCGAUUUGAAAACAUUUAAAGCUCAUCCAAAAGAAUUGUCGCUCCACCAAAACUCUAUUUUACAACUACAUUGGGCUCCAUCAACAGUAGGAGCUCCUAUCUUACUAUCAAUAAAUUGUGACGAGCUAGCUUGGUGGAAUGUUGCCUUGAUAGAUGAUAAUUCUAAGAAAAAAGUCAAGCGUAGUAGGACUGGAAUAGUAAGAAGCUCAACAGUACCAAUUUUUGGCUUUGAAUCAUUAUCAGGUACACAAUUGCGUAAUAGUCAAACCGCGGAUGCCAAUUUAUCAAUUGCGUCUACAUCAAAAAUUUUCAUCAAUAAAAAUAAAAAUAAUAAUGAUAAUAUUCUUACUGAUCGUAGUAUUCCUAUUGAUAAUGAUAUUGAUAUAAGUAACGGUAACAAUGCAAUUAAUGGUAAUGAUACACGUGAUAGUACAGAAAGUCAAGAAGCAAUGCCAAAAUAUUGGAUUUCAAAGACUUAUAAAAAUCAAAAUCGACCAGCAUUAUUAGGAUUAAUACGCUUGCCACCUAAUUGUCGUGCUAAAGUAUUUGUUUCUAGUGACUUUCAUAAAUUUUUACUCGUCGAUGUUCAUGGUACUAUCAAAUGUUUUGAGUUAUUUGAAGUUUCUUCGAAUUUGUAA